UGUCAGACGUGAUGUCCUUCAGCCUGACGUAUUGUGGCCUGCCAGUGAGAGUCCAGCAGCAGAGAGCAGACUCCCCUGGACCCAGCUGUGUCUCCAUGAAGAGUGACCACUCUAUGGAUCAUCCUGUUGGGUUUAAAGAUGGAAACCAGUCUAUCGAGAAGAGCCCAGAGAAACAGGAGAGAGCAGACUCCCCUGGACCCAGCUGUGUCUCCAUGAAGAGUGACCGCUCUAUGGAUCAUCCUGUAACCUUUAAAGAUGGAAAUCACUCUAUUGAGAAGAGACACCAGAAGAGGUCAAAGGUUACCAGUGCUCAGUCUCUACAGCAGCAUCAAACAGAGCUGAUCAAGAGGGCUGAGGAGAACGCACACGCUUUCCUAGACAAGGAGCUGAAGAAGCUCUGGAGGGAUCUCUUCUCAGAUUACCCACAAUGCUCAGAGGGUCAGAGAGUGGAGGAGGAGGAGGUGGAUGGUAAGAAGGAGGAGCAGAGGAGGCGCGCCAUAGAGGGAGUGGUGGACAUCACAAAGCUCUGCCUGAUGGAGAUGAACCAGGAGGAACUGGCCGACACACUGGGGGGCGGAUCUGAUGCUGUCGAUUGCCAACAUAGAAUCAAGUCUCAUUUGAAGAAGAAGUUCAGGUGUGUGUUUGAGGGAAUCGCUAAAGCAGGACAGCGAACAGAUCUGAACGACUUCUACACAGAGAUCUUCAUCACAGAGGGAGGCAGUGGAGAGGUCAACAAGGAACAUGAGGUCAGACUGAUUGAAACAGCUUCCAGGAAACCAGCCAAGGAAGAAACACCAAUCAGAUGUGAGGACAUCUUUAAACCCUUACCUGGACACGAUCAACCAAUCAGGACGAUAAUGACAACUGGAGUGGCUGGCAUUGGUAAAACCGUCUUAACACACAAGUUCACUCUGGACUGGGCUGAGGGCAAAACCAACCAGGACAUACACUUCACAUUUCUCCUCACUUUCAGAGAGCUGAAUUUACUGAAAGGGAAAGAUUUUAGCUUGGUGGAACUUCUUCAUCACCUCUUUAUUGAGACCAAAGAAGCAGGAAUCUGCAGAUUUGACCGGUUCCAAGUUGUCUUCAUCUUGGAUGGUCUGGAUGAGUGUCGACUUCCUCUGGACUUCCAGAGAAACCCGAUCUGGACUGAUGUCACAAAGUCCACCUCGGUGGACGUGCUGCUGACCAACCUUAUCAGGGGCAACCUGCUUCCCUCCGCUCGCAUCUGGAUAACCACACGCCCUGUGGCAGCCAAUCAGAUCCCUGCUGAGUGUGUUGACAUGGUGACAGAGGUGAGGGGGUUCAACGACCAACAGAAGGAGGAGUACUUCAGGAAGAGAUUCACAGAAGAGAAGCUGGCCAACACAAUCAUCUCCCACGUCAAGAAAUCACGAAGCCUCCACAUCAUGUGUCACAUCCCAGUCUUCUGUUGGAUCACUGCUUCAGUUCUGGAGGACAUCUUCAAAAAAUCCCAGAUCGAAGAGAUGCCCAAGACCGUGACUCAGAUGUACAGCCACUUCCUGAGGGUUCAGUCCAUACAGGGGGACAGGAAGUACCAUGGGAGAUCUGAAAUAGAUCCACACUGGAGUUCAGAGAACAGAAAGAUCAUUGUUUCUCUGGGAAAACUGGCUUUUAACCAGCUGGAGAGUGGCAACCUGAUCUUCUACGAGGCAGAUAUGGCAGAGUGUGACAUCGAUAUCAGAGCAGCCUCAGUGUACUCAGGAGUGUUCACCCAGAUCUUUAAAGAGGAGUGUGGGCUGUACCAGGACAAGGUGUUCUGCUUUGUCCAUCUGAGCAUCCAGGAGUUCCUGGCUGCCCUUUAUGUCUUCUGGUCCUUUAUCAACACUGGGGUCAAUCUGCUCUCAACCUCAAGGAAAGAUAAACUCCUCCUCUACCAGAGUGCUGUGGACAAGGCCUUACAGAGUGAGAACGGACACCUGGACUUGUUCCUCCGCUUCCUCCUGGGCCUCUCUCUGGAGACCAAUCAGAUUGUCCUACGAGGUCUGCUGGGACAGAAAAAAAGAUCACUGACCACUCAGAUUAAAACAGGUCUGCUGCGAAUGACAGGAAGUAGGUCACCGACCAAUGAGGGAACAGUGUCACAGAUCAACGAGGGAACAGUGUCUUACAUCAAGUUGAAGAUAGAAGAAGAUCUAUCUCCAGAGAGAAGCAUCAAUCUGUUCCACUGUCUGAAUGAGCUGAACGACUGUUCUCUAGUGAAGGAGAUCCAACAGUACCUGACAUCAGGAAGUCUCUCUGGAGAAUCUCUCUCCCCUGCUCAGUGGUCGGCUCUGGUCUUCAUCCUACUGACAUCAGAAGAGGAGCUGGACGUGUUUGACCUGAAGAAAUACUCUGCUUCAGAAGAUGGUCUUCUGAGGCUGCUGCCAGUGGUCAAAGCCUCCAAAACAUCUCUGCUGAAUGGCUGCCAUCUGUCAGAGAGAUGCUGUGAAGCUCUGGCCUCAGUUCUCAGCUCCAACUCCUCUAGUCUGAGAGAGCUGGACCUGAGUACCAAUUAUCUGCAGGAUUCAGGAGUGAAGCUGCUCUCUGCUGGACUGGGGAGUCCACACUGUACACUGGAAACCCUCAGGCUGAAUGGCUGCCAUCUGUCAGAGAGAUGCUGUGAAGCUCUGGCCUCAGUUCUCAGCUCCAACUCCUCUAGUCUGAGAGAGCUGGACCUGAGUACCAAUGAUCUGCAGGAUUCAGGAGUGAAGCUGCUCUCUGCUGGACUUGGGAGUCCACACUGUACACUGGAAACUCUCAGCUUGUCUGGCUGCCUGGUCACACAGGAAGGCUGUGCUUCUCUGGCCUCAGCUCUGAGCUCCAACCCCUCCCAUCUGAGAGAGCUGGACCUGAGCUACAAUCACCCAGGAGACUCUGGAGCUGCGCUGCUCUCUGCUGGACUGGAGGAUCCACGCUGGAGACUGGACACUCUCAGUGUGGAGCACGGUGGAGUGUGGAGGCUGAAACCAGCUCCACAGAGAUAUGCCUGUGACCUCACACUGGACCCCAACACGGCCCACAGACGACUCUCUCUGUCUGAGGACAACAGGAAGGUGACGGGGGUUGGAGAGGACCAGUCGUAUCCGGAUCACCCAGACAGAUUUGACUCCUGGCCCCAGGUGUUGGGUAGAGAGGCUCUGACUGGCCGCUGUUACUGGGAGGUAGAGUGGGAAGGAGUGGUUUAUAUAGGAGUGACAUACAGAGGAAUCACAAGGAGAGGACGGGGUGGUGACAGCGGGCUUGGACUGAACAACAAGUCCUGGGUUCUUUAUUGUUAUGAUGAUCGUUACUAUGCCCGGUACAACGGUAUAGAGACAGCCCUCCCUCUCCCCGCCGCUGGCUCCACCAGAGUAGGAGUGUAUCUGGACCGGCCUGCUGGCUCUCUGUCCUUCUACAGAGUGUCCCCAGGUGGAGGAGGGUCCUCAGACACACUGACACACCUCCACACCUUCUGGUCCUCCUUCACCCAGGAGGACCUCCUCCCGGGGGUGGGGUUCUGGCGGUGGAAGGGGUCCCCACCGGGGUCCUCAGUGGGGUCCUCAGCGUCUCUGAUGUGGGCAGCUGGGGCUGGGGGAGGGCUGCGGGGGGACGGGGCGCGCCACCCCUCCUCGUCCCAGCCGCCGGCGUGGCCGUCGACGGGCCUGACGUCGGAGGGCGGCGGAGGACGGGGUCCCCGAACGGUGCUCCAACGGCCCCCCUACGACGGAUCAGACGACGGGUUCAGGAAAGAGACGCACAGACAAAGUCGUCCCGCCGGAUCUACCACGGCCGCCGCCACUCUGCAUGUCCGCUUCCACCCCUUCAUCAGGGCCAGGACGUCAGGGUCCAGACUGGGGAGAGAAGGGCUGGAGGACCCCGGGUACAGAGGUCGUACCCGGUGGCCACGGACAGCGGCGCAGUGCCGCGGCCACACCGGAGACACCCGCAGGCCUUACCUCAGUCUGCACAUCGGUCUGACCGACAGGAGCCGCGGCCUGAGAGAGCUACACCCCCGCCAAGUGGGCCUUCUCCCGCGGCCAGUCCUGCCCCUCAGCGACCGGCCACCAGGCCAGAGGGCCCCCGGCCGAGCCCUGGGGCCCGCACCCCCGCAUACACCGCCGCACGGCAGGGCACCGGGGACCUCCAGGGGCCCUGAGGUCAGACGUCCUUCCAGGUGUGGGGACACUUAG